UUGGUGGUGGUAGUGACGCAACGACGACGAAACAGCAAAAGGAAAAACGCCGCAAGACCGCGGACAAGGAAGAAGAAGGAGGAGGAGGAGGAGGAGGAGGAGGAGGAAGAAGAGGAAUGUACGUGGAGCAGCUACCUGCCAUUUCCAUUCCGUUCCUCUUCUUCUGAUCACUACUCUCUUCUCCCUCGCAUUCCAAUUCCGCCAGAUAAACCGAAUCUCGCCGGCGGCAAACGAGGACAGCAGAGACUCGCCACGUCGACGGCGGCGGUGGCGACGAGUAGGAUGAGGACUUCGCUCAGACUAUUGCGAGGGGCUCUUCAAAAGCAUAAUAACAACGGCGAUGCCUCCGGUAGGGACGGGCGAGAUCUUCGCUCCUUGGCGCAAUUGGGCGAACUAGCUCGUGCCUCUCAGGAUAUGCAAGACAUGAGAGAGUGUUACGACAGCUUACUCUCUGCUGCGGCAGCAACAGCUAACAGUGCUUAUGAAUUCUCGGAGUCCUUGCGAGAGAUGGGUGCCUGCCUUCUUGAGAAAACUGCUUUAAAUGAUGAUGAGGAAAGUGGUAAAGUAUUGUUGAUGAUGGGCAAAGUGCAGUUUGAACUCCAGAAACUUGUUGAUGUCUAUCGUGCUCAUGUGUUCCAAACAAUCACUGUGCCAUCCGAGUCUCUUCUGAAUGAGCUUCAAACAGUUGAGGAAAUGAAGGAGCAAUGUGAUGAGAAAAGAGAAAUGUACGAGUACAUGAGGAUGAGGCAGAGAGAAAAAGGGAGGGGAAGGAGUGGGAAAGGAGGAGAGAGGGUGGAGAGCUUCUCUGUCGACCAAGUGCAAGCCGCUCGUGAUCGAUAUGAUGAGGAAGCAACCUUGUUUGUUUUUCGGUUGAAAUCCUUAAAGCAAGGACAAUCCCGUAGUCUUCUUACUCAGGCUGCAAGGCACCAUGCUGCACAGAUGGCCUUCUUUAAGAAGGCUCUCAAAGCUCUUGAAGAAGUUGAACCACAUGUGAAAUCUGUCACUGAACACCAGUUCAUUGACUACCAUUUUGCUGGUCUUGAUGAUGAAGAUGAUGAUGGUGAGGAUGAUACUGAUAACGACACUAAUGACACAAAUGAUGAUGGGGAACUUAGUUUCCAGUAUGAUCAGAAUGACGAUGACCGUGAUGUUUCUACAUCAAGAGACCCAAUGGAGUUGGGUGGUGGAGACCUUACAUUUCCAAAAGUGUCAACUUCAGAAGCUGUGAAGGAAAGUUUCGCCAGAAGCUACAGAUCUUAUUCUUUCAGAGGAGAUGCUCGGACGGCCAGUCAAUCAGCUCCACUUUUUGCCGUGAGGAAAUCAGUUUCAGUUGACAAGCUGGAACAGUUGCGGCCAUCCUUCACAAAGAAAUUCAGCUCCUAUGCCCUUCCCACCCCAAAUGAUCCCAAUGGCCCUAGUCCCACCACAGCUUUGAGCGGUCCAAUUCCUCGGACCUUCAAUAGGGGUUACAAUUGGUCACAUUCUAAUCGUCAUGAUCCAAAGAAGUAUGAAAAACUACUGGGAGACGAGAAAAUGAAUCCAAAAUCAGUCCUCAGAGAGAACAACAACAACAACUCUUCUGCAGCAACUCGGUUAACUCAUCCAAAAGCUGAAGGGUUAUUGCUCUCGAGGCUCGACCCAGGUCGCCGUGGAAUCUCCGAAUAUAGCAAGACUAGCCAAAGACAAGCCUUUUCAGGCCCCAUUGCAAGGAAAUCAUGGUCAUCCAUCCCUUCUCCAUUGGACCAGCAUGCUCAGGUCUUAUCUGGGCCGCUAUUGCAGACUCGAAUGUCCCAAAUGCCAUCUUCCUCUCCGACCAUAUCUCCCAGCAGUACUUCACCCCCUUUGCUUUCGUCUCCUCGGAUAAGUGAACUCCAUGAGCUUCCAAGGCCUCCACUGAGGAAUCCGUUGAGCUUUCCUGGUGCAGGCCAUUCAGCUCCAUUAUUAUUUCCCAGAGGCCAAGCAGCAGCAGUAGCUUCUCCACUGCCGGUUCCUUCUCAGGUCUCCCGGAGUUUGUCCAUACCGUCUGGUGGUCAGAGAGCUGUAGCAUUGGAUCCCCCAGGGGAGUCGUUAACUCCCCAAGCGACUCAAAAAGCCGAGACAGUUGAAGAAGAUUUUUUCUCCCCGCCUCUGACUCCCAUCUCUCUUUUGAAUGGUCGGCCAAUGGCUGCCGCUGGUUCCCAAGUCAAAGGUAAGAAGUCCUGAUUUUACUGACGAGUAGUUCAUCUUUUCGAGUCCUCGCCAUUGCAAUUAGCAUCCCUACUCAGACCGCUUUGUUGAAUGCAAGAAAUUGGACUAAUUGAGAUCUCCCCCUUGCCUCUCCCUGACCGCUGCCUGUUAUUAUUUACUGUCCAUGAAUACCAUUCUUGUAUACUGUGCUGAAUCAUAUUGUUGGGACAUUUACGUGGAAGGGUCCUCCUUGUUUUGACCUUUUCCAUAGCAAAAUAGUUAUUGGCUGUUAAAAUUUUGCCUCUUUUUUUCUUGGGUGAAAGCAGACUCACAAGGAUAAGGAUUGUAAUGGGGGUUGAUGAUUGCUGCCAUUUCUUGAGGGAGUUGCUGGGUACAGGACAGGUGUAUAUAAAGCUUCUUUUUCUCCCUGUUGAACACCAUUGUACUUUGUAUUCAUCAGUGAAGAAAAUUUUGUUCCCUUUUUAUGAUUUUGGCCUCAUUUUUACAAGCGGACGAUUAUAGUUAGUAUGAUCACCAUAGUAUACUGCUAACUUGGGUUGUUGGUUGAGCCAUCCGAUUUUGAAACCAUAAGCAACUAAGCAAGAUAAAGAAGAAUCUAUAAUGCAGGAAUUCUUGUCUUUGUAAACUUUCGCUCGCGUAAUUGGAGAGGAUUUUAGUUUGGUUAUUGCUCG